AAGUGUUCCUUUCCCAACUGAGAUAGAGGAACAAAUACUGGCCCAGUGUGUGCUUUUUCUUUGCAUGAAUUACACCUUCAGAGACAUUAUGCUUUAGAAAAUACCCCAUACAAUUAUCUGCAACAUUGGAAGAACACCUCUGGAUCCAGCCUUUAAUACUUAGGAUAAAAGGUACCAAACUGAGCAGAGACUGCCUGCUAAUACCUAAAAUUGUCACUUCCACUGCCACAGUUUCCUGUGGUCAAAAAAAGAGGGAACACCAUCAUGAGCGAGUCUGCUGUCUGAGGUGGCUGCCUCUCUUCUUUUGCCUAAAUAAUGUGAUGAUGUGACCUUUUCGAAACAGAAAAUCAACCUAGAACACCCACCUGCUUCUGGUGUUAAAAAUAUAAUAAUAAAGAAACCAGUACGGAUUAUUUCUAUGGCACAGAUUUUUAUGCUCAGAUUGUAUCACCAUGCAACAAGAAUGAAGUCUUUGUUUCCAGUCAUGUGUACCUUUGACAGCAUCCGUACGAUGAUUGAGAUGACUAGACGGAGACUGAGGAGAUCUCGCACUCUGGAUGAGAUCAGGAAAGAUGCUUCUUUUUUUUAUCCCCCUCCCGAUGGGGGUUGGGGUUGGGUUGUAGUGCUGGCAGCAUCCAUCCAUUCGUUAUUUGUCAGUGGCUUCCACAGUGCCUUUGGAGUUUAUAUGCUGCCCCUUCUUCAGGCCUUUGAGUCAACCAGCUCAAAGAUUGCUUGGAUUGGAUCUGUGAGCUAUGCUUUCAUUAUGAUAUUUGGUCCUGUUUCUGGAAAACUUCUGGUGAAGCAUGGAGCAAUCAAAGUAGCAAUAAUUGGAGCACUCGUUGUCAUGUUUGGUAUGGUGUGUUCAUCCUAUACCUAUGAUUUACGAGUACUGUUCCUAACUCAAGGAAUCAUUGUUGGUAUCGGAUCGAGUCUAGCUAGCACUCCAGGCCUGAUAAUGGUAAGCCUUUACUUUACUACAAAGCGCUCAUUUGCAACUGGGAUUGUCAUGGCUGGAGGAGCUGCAGGAACCUUUGUACAGAAUAAACUUCAUCAGUACUUAAUUGACAAACUUGGAUGGAGAGUUAGCCUACGGGUAUACAGUGGAAUCCUAACUAUAUGUAUUUUUGCUGGAUUUGCAUACAAGCCUCUUCAAAAACAUAGAGCUCAUCCAAGUGUAGUUGAAAAGUUUAGAACAUCCCCAUUAAGACGUUUUAUUGUUGAUUUAAGUUUGUGGAAAGAUCGUAUCUUUGAAGUUUGGGUCUCUGCGCUUGGACUGGCUAAAUUUGGGUUCUUCAUACCUUUUGUUCAUAUGAUUAAACUUGCAGGUGACUUGGGCAUUCCACCUGAUGAUGCAUCCUACAUUAUGGUAGGAAUUGGAGUAAGCAGCAUGAUUAGUUGUCUUAUUUUUGGAAAGCUAUGUGAUAUUGAAAAAAUUGAUCGGCUUUAUCUUAACCAGGCAUCCAUAUUAUCUGUCGGUGUGGUGUACUUCAUUAUUCCUUACUGUACAACCUUUGCCUCUCUAGUAGCAAUUUGUUCUCUUCUGGGGUUUGUAGAUGCAGGAAACUAUGUUCUCCUACCUGUCCUUACUUUUGAUUUGAUGGGGGAAGAGAAAAUGCCUGUUGCCUGGGGAUUUAUGAUGGCUGUGAAUGCAAUUAGUUGUUUUGGACCACCCUUUGCAGGUGCAAUGUACGACGCAUUUGGCAGUUAUACCAUUGGCUUUGUAGUAACUGGGAUUGGCAACAUUGCAGCAGCCAGUAUACUUGCUUUUAUUCCAUGGUUGAAAAAUGAAGCCAAACAAGCAAAGAAAAACUAUCUUAAUGCUUCUGUGUGCGAAAUAACAAAGACCAUUGUUCCGUGGCAAUCACCAACUCCUUCCUUAGGGAGUCUCAGUUCCUCAUACACAAAAUCUAUGCUAAUGAUGUCACCGGAGGACAAUACAUCACAGUUUUCAAAAAGAUUUAGUAUGAAAUCAAUUAAAAGCAUAUUGAAAUCAGAGACAACCUCUUGUAGAGGUUCACUUUCAGAACGUGGGGCUCCAGCACCCCAGAAAAAAACAGAGAGGACCGGUUCCUUAGGUGCUUCAGAGACCAAUAGUAAAGGAGCUGAGCAAGGAGAGAGUACAGUCGGUCUGAGAACACAACCACCACCAGAGGUAGCUGGGCCAGAUGUGGCAUUCAUUCAAAGUGACAGUUCAGAACAUGUUCCUGAAAGAAAAGAAGAAGGUUUCACAUUCUUAUAUGAUUAUGCUGGGCGUCAAGAACAGCAACAUGCAAGUAGAACUGAACUGAGGUCAUUGGAAGAGCUAAUCAUACCAGAGGGAGAAUUUCCUGAAGGUGAGCCUUCAGAAUCCAUAAAACAAGUAGAACACCUUCCGUAUAGGAAAGAGGUGGUUUUCAUACCUGAAUACAAAAAGGAAGAAGAGAAGGAAGAGGAAGAAGAAGCAGAAGCAGAAGAAGAAGCAGAAGAAGAAGAGGAAGAGAUUGAGAGUUCAACUGAUUUGACAGCAAGACAGGUAGAGCGUCCUCCCCAUAGAAAAGAGGAUGGUGUGGCUUUCUUAGAUGAAUAUGGUGAGGAAGAAGAGGGUGCAACUGAUGUGAGACCAAGGAAAGCAUCAUUGAAAAGUGAGACUCCACUGCAUGCAGCGCAGACAGGGAGAAUAUAUUCUGUUCCACACAGAAAAGAAGAUGGAGUAGCCUUCUUAGAUGAAUAUGAUAGUGAUGAUGACAUUUUUGUGAGUGCAACAGAUCUAAUGCCAACACAAGGAUUAUUUAAAAGUGAAGCUCCAGCACAUGCUAAACAGAAGGAGCCAAUGCCUUCUAUUCUCCACAGGAAAGAAGAUGGAGUGGCCUUUUUAGAUGAUUACGACACCGAUGAUGAUGAGCAUCUUAUGGGUGUAUCAGGUAUGAGACCCAUGCAAUCAUCAUUUAAAAGUGAAGCUUCAAGACAUGCAAAGCACACACCUUCUACUCCCCACAGAAAAGAAGAUGGAGUAGCCUUCUUAGAUGAAUAUGAUAGUGAUGAUGGCAUUUUUGAGAGCACAACAGAUCUAAUACCAAUACAAGGGUCAUUUAAGAGUGAAGCUCCAGCACAUGCUAAACAGAAAGAGCCAAUGCCUUCUAUUCUUCGCAGGAAAGAAGAUGGAGUGGCUUUCUUAGAGGACAUUGGCAGCUAUCAGCAAGAGCAGCUUGACACUACAGCUGUAUUGAGGCCAGAAGAAGAUGUAGCCAAAUUGGGAGAUGCAUUGGUAGAAAAGGAAGCUUCAGCAUCUAUAAAAGGGGUAGAAUGUGGCCCUUGCAAAAAAGAGGAUCCAGUGACAUUUGAUGCUGCUCAAGAUGGCAAUGAACAAACACAAGAGAAAUGAUCAGAUUAAUAACAAAUAUCAAUGAAACUUGAUAUAUUUAAAUAUUUGACUAGUAAUGGCCUUUGUCUGUUGCACUAUAUCCUUGUUUGAUGACAAAGUAGCACUUUUCCAACAUUUUCCCCUAAAAGAACUCCUCCUAGUUUUAAUUACUUUUAUACUAAAGAUGUCCAAUCAGUUUGAUAAUAACUGGAUUCCAAGUGUAGAAACACUUUGACAGUCUUUUUAACAUAAAGACACUUCCAGGAUGUUAUUCCUUCAUAGCUGAAUUGGCUUGUCAUUCAUUGUGCUGAAAGGUGGGGAGGGGGGGAAAGAGACAGUUUAGAUAAAUGUAUAAAUCAUUUAUCAUAUUUGCUGAUAGAACCUGUUGUUUUCUUCUGUAUUGAAGGAUCUCUUAGAUGGCGUAACAUUUCACUGGACUACAAUCAGUAUAGCACCAUUGUUAAAAGACUGAGUAAAAUGCAUAAUACAUUGUUGUUUUGCUUUUUAAAAUGUGUUGAAUAAAUAUGAUUGGCAGUCCAGUAUUAAACAUAACAUUAAAAAGUGA